AUGACUCAGUCGCUUCGAGUAUACUUUCGAGUAUGGCCACAAAUAAAAACUUUUUAUGAUGGGAAAAAAAUCUACGACUUUCUUAAAGCAUACGGUAGUAUCGAGCAUUUUCACAUAAGAAGGGAAGCGGACACAACAAAGUAUCAGCGCAUAGGCUUUGUCCAAUAUAAAGAUUAUGAAGAAUCAAAGCAUUUGAUAUUGGAAGAUAGUUAUAUGAUCGGGCCAAUGACUGUGAAAGUCGAGCUAUCCGACCCCACAACAAAUAUAUACGGCGAUGCAAGCGCAUAUCUGCUGCCUCUUAAUAAUAUGCAGAGAGCGUGGGCAUGGAAAGGCUUCUAUACUAGCGAUUCAACAUUCCUCGGUGAUAUAAAACAAAUGAGUAUUGUUGAAUACUUGAAAAGACAUCCGGUUGUGCAAGGACAAGUUCGAAGUAUUGAUACCGAUAGAGAGGAAUAG